GCAGUCAUGUCAGGGUAUUAUAUAGCCAUUAUCUGGUGUAGGAGAAGCUUUCUUCAUUAUCUGACUUGCUUCAUCUUUGUGUUAAAAUAGUGAUAUUGAUUUGACGCCCCUUUAAAGCAACGCUGGAGAAAAGUAGCCUAGGAAGGAGAACCACUCCUGUGCUGCACUCAGGAAGACAAAUACCUGCAAAAAGGCACUUGCUGGGGGGUACAAAGGUGCCUUUUGAUGUUUCCUUGGCUGAUAUCUUGCACCUCUCCCAUAGGGGGACUUGAUGGGAUGCAAUCAGGUGAAUGAGUGGUGCAAAGAAAGGCAGCAGCAGAGCAGUGAUGGGCUAAAGAUGCAGUCAGGGUGUGGUUUAUAAGGAGCAGUAAAGGCAAGCUGGAUUAUAGGUGGGCAGGCAAACUUGCAGGCAUGAAAGCUCACAGGAACCUCACAUUGAUGGGGCCAAACUUAAUUAACUGUGACUUCGUUGUCAGAUUAGUGUGUGCUUGGACCCUCCUCUCUUGGGUUUCUCUGUAUGUGAAGAAUGAUGGUAACUGGGAACAAGAAUUCAAAGUCAGGCACUAGCCCGGAUCUGUUAGUUGUGCUCUUAGUCUCAAGCUUUGCUUUCAGUGAGCAUCAAAUAAGCUGUGAUCUCAUGUGGUUCUGAUCUCUUUCAGCAACUUUUACUCACAAAAUGGGCAGUCUGCUUGUUCCUUUAGUGUGCAUGACCAUAUAAAGCAUUCAGAUGGGAAAAGAAAAAACCCUUUAUUCUAUGACUACUCUGUGAUUCAUGGUUUGUUCCAAGGCAUUGGUCUGUGGGGACCGGCCUGUGUUACACAUGUGGCUCUGAAGCUGUAGAGGAGCACAGCAUUAACUUCACUGCUGCUUUGUUGUCUGCAAACUAGUCUGGACGCCUUCAGCAUUGCAGGCUGCCACCCAAAGCUGAUGCAUUUAGCUGCAGCUGGCAGGGAGCUCAGCCAGGCUCUUGCAGAGCUCUUCCCAGGAGCGGAGACACAGGGGAGGACUUGGAGCAGGGAAGUUCAAGGCUGGUUUGUUCCAUAAACAGCUCAUCACUGCCACAAUGACAUCUUCAAGCUCUGCCCAGCGUCCAGCAGCUGAGAAUGCCUGCAGAAUCACUCUUGGACAAGCAAACCAGGUGCGACCCAAACUCCCUCUUCUGAGGAUUCUGCAGGCUGCAGGUGCCCAAGGUGAAACCUUCACCCUGAAGGAGGUUAUGCAUUACCUAGGACAGUAUAUAAUGGUGAGGCAGCUGUAUGACAAAAGGCAGCAACACAUGGUGUAUUGUGGAGGAGAUCAGCUGGGAGAAUUGCUGGGGCUGGAGAGCUUCUCUGUAAAAGAUCCAAGCCCAGUCUAUGACAUGUUGAAACGGAACCUUACUUCUGCUGCCAUGACAGAUGCUGCACAGAAUCUCGCACAGGAACAGAGCGUCGAUAAGCCAAGCCAAGACCAGCUGAAGUUUAGCCCAAAGGAAGGUUCUGACACUGUCAUCAUGGAGGAUGAAAGCAAUGCAUCUGCCGUGUCUACCUCAGAGCACAAAUGUGAGAAUUAUGAAGACAAAGACUUAAUAGAAAACCUCUCUAAAAGCAAGAAGCCUAAACUGGACCUAGUGUUUGAGGAAUGGGAUGUAGCUGGUCUUCCAUGGUGGUUUUUAGGCAACCUCAGAAGCAAUUACAAGUCCAGAAGUAAUGGAUCAACAGAUAUUCAGACUAACCAGGACAUAGACACUGCCAUUGUUUCAGAUACUACUGAUGAUUUGUGGUUCCUCUACGAAAGUCCCAUGGAUCAGACCAACACAGCAGUCAAAAUGGAAACAGCUGACUGUGAGGAAGUGAAAGAAGGUGACAAAAAGGUGACUGAGGAUGAAUGUUUGCAUGACUUUGAGGAUUCUCAGUGUUUAAGCGACGACACAGAUACAGAAGCUGCUUCUGAGGACUGCUGGCAAUGCACCAAAUGCAAGAAGUUUAAUUCUCCAGGCAAACGGUACUGUUACCGCUGCUGGGCCUUACGGAAGGACUGGUACUCAGAUUGUCCCAAACUCACUCAUUCUCUUUCUCUAUCCAACAUUGAUACUAUGCAAAAUGAAAACAGUGAUGAAGGGAUAGAUGUCCCGGACUGCCGAAGGACAAUUUCUGCUCCAGUUGGCCCACCUAAAGACAUGUAUGUGGUAGAAAAGAAAUCACAUAUAGAUCCCUGCAGUUCUAUUGAGUCCUUGGAUUUGGCACGAGAAUGUGAAAGCAGGGACUCUCUUUUGAGUUUCACUGAGCAUAAAAAGGAGGAAGAAAUACAGUCUUUAGAGAGUAUAAAGACGUUACUGAAUCCUUGCUUCCUCUGCCAUCACAGACCGCGAGAUGGGAAUAUUGUCCAUGGGAGGACUGCUCACCUUGUGGCCUGUUUCAAGUGUGCAAAGAUGCUGAAGAAAAAGAGAUCACCCUGCCCGGUGUGCAGGAAAGAUAUUAAGAUGGUGAUUAGAAUCUUUAUGGGGUAGCUGUGCCUCUUCAGGCCUUCUCUGCUGAAGGAUAGCACCCAUUUUCUUGCACUCUACACAGACCCUUAACUUCAGAGCUCAGAGCAUGAAUACCAAAGACAGAUUCCAAACAUACCAAGAGCACAGAAAUCAACCCUGUAUGUCAUAUGAAGCAGCGUCCAUUUCUGCUAUCUACUUAAAUGAAAGCCUGUUGGGAUUGGGGAGGCACCAGUGUGUUGGUAUUGAUGCCCUAGCUUUGAAAUUAUCUACAUUUGAGUUCAGUAGUUUCAGAAGGAUUCUCUGUUCUGAUAACUGGUCCUUGCAGAAAACAAGUUUAGGAGGGAGUUAUGACUUUGGCUGUUGGAGUGUUCUCCAAUAAGUCAAACUCAGUGCAAUGCCUUCUAAGUGGGAAGAGUGUGGUGGGUGGGUGGGAGGGAGGGGUAGGUGAAGAGGGUGUGAUUUACAUAAGCCAUUUCUCCAAGGAUCAGUUCUUAUAAAGGCAGUGAGUAGUAAAUAUGCAGGUUUCCAAUAAUCCCUUUUUCUUUUCUAAUGUGUAUUAGAUAAAAUGAAAGUCCUUUUGCACCCUGACUUAAAAUAAGUCCUUUCAGACUUCUAAUUUGUAGCUAUCUCAGGUCAUGUACCAGUUGGCAGAAGAACAGGGUGUUAAACUGUGCUUUAUUAUUACAUCUUCUCACUCAUAUCAAUUCAUUUAAGCACACUUCUAUGUCAGCUGUCCAAUGUUAGGUCAGAAUCUGUUGUGCCAACUGGAUUAAAUCAUAGCAGCUCUUUGCUCAUAGCACCAGUGCAACUUUCACCAUUGCUUUGUUUCAUCAGGUUGGUCUAGAAGAUGCAUUGCUUUGUGUUAUGUGGCUUUGCAAUCAGGAUACAGAUCUUUUUGGGGAUAAAAACAGUCCUGCAAAGCACUGAUUGCAGCUAGUUAGUCUAUGGGCUGUGUUUAGUGUUUGUUCUUUCUAGUUUUCUCUGCUGAUUUUUCUUAUCCAAUGGUCUAAUGCUUCAAAUCCAUUUCAGCAGAUCUGUCUGUCCUUGAAAGCUAUCUGUGGUUGCUCUGCUGUUUGUUAAAACUCAGUUAGGACUUGCAGUUUAAACAUGCUUUCUGCAUGAUUCCCUCUUCAAUCUAGAAGGUAUUUUGCAGAUAGAAGAAAAAGAAGGUAGUGUUUGGAUCUCAGAUCUUCUCUAGGCUGUUUCCCAGUUGUUUUCCACUCUCCUUGUGCUGGUCCAGUCCUAGCAGGUCAGGUUUGCAAUGGAAGGUCCCAACACCUGCCUGGCUGAAGCUCCCAGCAGUCUCUUAUGUCAAAGCUGUUUGUGUGUAACGAUAUUGGAGUAGGUGCUAUAUGCAGUCACUGCCAAAAGACAGAUCAAUAUUGUAUUUUACAGAGUAUUGUGAUUAUUUCUAUGUUGGUUCUUAUUUAGCCUAUUAUUGUUGGCUGUUAUUUACAGUUGUGUCGUAUAAGAGGAUAACAGUCUGACAUUUGCUGCACUAUCUGUGAGUAUAUGGGAGUCAGUCCACAUGGAGACAAAUGUACUUCUUGCUCCCCUAACCGAAGGGCUUUUCAAUGCAGGUGAUGCACUUUAGUCAUUCUAAGCUCAGCAGCGUUGCCUCCUUAAUCACAGGAGUUCCUGCCUGGUAGUUGCUUCCAUUUUCAGAUAGUUUCUCCUUUUUAAGGAGCCUGGGAUUGGGCAGUGUGCAUUGUGACACUCUGCAGCACUUCUGAAUACUGUGAAUCCCCCCCCACACACACAUACACUUGUAUCUAAAAGCAGUUUACUGAGUAGUUCAGUAUGGCUGCACUGAAAAGCAACUUGUGUUGACCAAACAUGUUUCAGGAGUGUGUAGGGUUCCUGCAAUGGGUUGAAUAUCCUUCCCAAAAUCCUACUGAGAUCUAUAAGAGCUUCUGUUGUUAAAUGAGAAUAGGCCCUAUUGCAGGUUGUGAUAAAGAAACUCAGUCUGUGGGAUAAGACGCAGGGUAAUGAUCUCCUUAUCUGUGACCCUUCAGUGUAACCACGUUGUUUACAACAUACAUUUGCCAAGUUCUUUAUUCUUUUUAACUGAAGUAGUCUAACAAUGUUACAGUUGGUCUUCCUUUCUCUAAACGAAUAAGCUAUUUGCAGUGCAAGUGGAGCUGUAAGUGCCCGGGUUGUGGCUGAGGCGUAGGGUGGAUGGGAGGGUUGUAGUGAGGGAGAUAGAGGGAAGAAGAAUGUUUUAUUGCUUUAACUGGAGCGUGAGGCUAAAUGAGGUGUAAUUCAAUGACACGUUGUAGGAAGUGCAGGCUGGAGGUGUGGGUUGAAGAACCAGCUCAGAGCACUGGCUUGUAAUAUUUCCUUUGCAGUGCCAUGAGAUGUCGGCCAGACGGUGCUAUUAGUUUCCUUUCCCACAUGUGCUUUUGGUUGGAGGUGGGUGGUGUGAGCUCAUGUUCUCUGAAAUCAUCCCUGGCAUCUCAUUGUGCAUAACAGCUCCCUCUCUUACUGUGCUUCUCCUAUGAAGUGCAAUAUGGCAGAAGCUGUCCGUGAGUAAGCUUAGCAGUGUUGCUGCCUGUUUUAGGAAGGGCUGAGCACAGCUGCCUUUCAACUGUCAGAUCAGAAAGGUUUCUGUGUUCUUCACUGGUCCUUGGGAACCUGCUGACAUCUCAGUGGUCAGUGUGCUCCUAUCAUGAGAUCCCUCUGCUUUUCAGCCAGAAGGUUCUGGCACCAUUUGUUUCUUCUGAGUGCUGGGCCAUUCCUUGAAGGCAGUUAUGAGCCUCUACGUUGCAUUGUAUUUAUUCUGCACUUCUUAUGGUGUCUGAUGGAAACUAUGAUACAGCUUGCCAGUGUCCUCUCCAUCCUUCUGCAUUCAGCAUUGAUUGUAGCUGAUACUGAGAAGCUGUCUUGGCAGAAGAGAAGUGGCUGUGGAUAAAUGGGAAUGAUAUGAGAACAGAGUUGGUUUUUCCUUUUGCCUCUUCUGAGCUAUGUCUUCCUCUCCUGGAAGAAGAGAAAUGCUCUCAUUAGAGGCCUUUGGUGGAGGCUGGCUGUACUGGGAGACAGCAUGGUUAAGUGAUGGGAGAGCCUUUGUCCUGGCAUGGUGUGUGAGCUGGAAGAAAUACCCCGAAUCCUCUGCCAUCUGAACACCUGCAAAGGGGCAUCAGGAUCCUCGAAAAGGAGGAGCUGCAAGGCUGUUUGUUCAAGAUCAAGACGGAUAUCUGUGAGCUUGGAGCAGCUCCAGGACAACAGAUCACCUCCACCUUGUUUUCCUUGGUCAUCUAUCCCAAAUGACUUGCAUGCAUUUUCCUUGCUCCUUUUGAAAGUAAGUGAGAUCACUCUGCAAGCAGCUGCUCAUCAGCCUUAACAUCUCUGCACCUUGCUCUCUGCACUUGUUCACAUGAACACGGACAGCUGUUGUGAUUGAAGCCCUGUUUUAAGUGUGUUCUCCUGCCUGGCCUCCCUGGCACACUUCUCCUACAACCUGUAGUUCCUGAAUCUGUUUGUCUUGGUAAGAAAAGCUCUGUAUCUGAGUACCCACCAUAAGUAGGAGCUCUCACCAAGUGUUUGCACUAUUUAUAAGAGGCACGUAGCGCAGAUGGCCUCUUUUUGUGUCCUGCGCCUAAUGAGUGUAAUUAAAUGGAGCACAUCAGACUUAUCGACGAUGUAGGUUUAUUUUUUCAUUCAUACUGCGUUUCGGGGGAAAAGCUUUGAAGUAAAGGCCUAUUUACCAGUCAUGUAA